AUGGCGCGGUCAAAACGACGUCCCAAGCCUCCCAGACGAGUUGAGGAGGAAGAUGAGGGGACGCCGGGACAACCAGACAGCCUGUCACAGACGUUGGCUGGUGCUACCGCAGGUGCGGGUGAAGCGGCGGCCCCGGACACCGCCGCCCCACCUCCGCCCGCCACCCCACCCACCACCACCACUCCACCCAGGUCGCCACACCAUGCACCUUCUCACACACCUGUCUACCCUGAUUUCUCAGUAUUCUUCCAAUGGUUUGCUGACAGGGAGGCGGCCGCUCGACGUGAGAUGGAGGAACAACGCCGGGAAGACAGAGCUGAGUUUCGUGCUCUGUUAACCAGCCUCACUUCUUCCCAGGGCGCGCCCGGUGCGGCUCCGACGAACCCCCAGACGCUUGGGAGUCCUGGCGGUGCACAGAGCGGCUCCGGUACCCACCCACCUGUGCAGAAAGCAGCUGUCACACCUCCGCCGCCACUGUCACACGACGUGACGUACCAAGUGUUUCGUGAGUGGAGGAGACGUUGGGAGGACUACGCGACGAUGAUCGACCUGCCCAGCCUGACGCUGCCUAAACAGAGGAUCCAGCUACGUAUGUGCCUCACUCUGGAGACGCAGAGGGUGUUAGAGCACACAUUACAGGUGUCGCCUACCUCUCUCAAGCCAGUUGAUGAAGUGCUUGACAUUCUCCAGGCUCAUAUACGUGACUCCAACAACGAGGCAUUGCGUCGGCGAGCCUUCACUAGCUGUCGGCAGGCGAGAGGCGAGCCCUUCUCCGAGUUUCUCGUCCGACUGAAGAGCCUGGCGGAGGAAUUCGACAUCUGUAAGGCUCACCACCUGGACUGUGAAGAGGCCUGGAUGAAGCACGGUAUCCUGACAGGCGUCCACGACGAGGAAUUGGUGACCAAGAUUGUGUCCCUCGACGCCGCCUCUACUCUUGCUGACGUCAUCAAUGUAUGCAGGGCCCACGAGGCGACGCGGUCAGCCGCCUCUGCCAUACGUGCCUCACCUACAGUGUCUGCUGUCUCAACGUAUAAACAGACGAAGAAAGCAGCACACAAACCUGGAGUCCCCCCUCGCCAACCUUCACCCACUCAUCGGGCGCCUACCUCCUGCAGCAGCUGCGGCAGGCGAGACCACGGCCCGAAGGGCUGCCCAGCAACAGGUGUUACGUGCAGAGGUUGUGGGAAGACUGGCCACUACGCUUUGAUGCCCAAGUGCCCAGCCAGGCAGUCUACGUGCACUGCUUGUAACCGUCUGGGGCACCUGGAGAAAGUCUGCAAGCAAACCAAGGCAAGGAGGUCUCAUGAGGGCCCACCUGAGGCCUCAUGUCAGUCUCCUAUCAGUACUCGUGAUGACCCGACACCUCCUCCUACUGUACGAGUGGAAGUGUUGCAUGACGGUCACUCUGGUGGUCUGGACUUCAUUCCCGACACUGGUGCCGACACGACGGUCAUCGGCCCACAGCACUUGAGAAUGUUGGGCAUCGACAGACAGGCUCUUGGUCCUCCUCCAUCCCUUGCCUACUACAACGCUGAUGGGACGAAGAUGUCUGCUGCCCUCGGUUCGCUCCAGGCCACACUAGUCUACGGCGAGCUGUCUUGUACGGGCUGGAUAGAUGUGCAGGGUUCGUGGAACACCCCACUUCUGUCCCGUGAACACUGUCGUGCUUUGGGGAUCGUGCCUCACGACUUCCCUGCUCAGAUUUUCUCAGCACGAGGCAGUGUCGCCAGUGUAAGGGAGGCGACAAACGCUCCAGCUCCACGUUCCAGCGUGCCUGCGUUACCUCUUCUCAGCACCACUUCCCCAGACGCAGCGAAGGAGUACUUCUUGAGGGAGUACCAGGAUGUCCUCUUGACAAAGGAUUCCACACAGGAUGCUCCACUCAAGCCGAUGUCUGGACCGCCGAUGAGGAUCCACUUACGAGACGACGCCCAGCCGUUUGCUGUCCACACGCCGAGGCUUAUUCCUUUGGCCUACAGGGACGCAGUGAAAGCUGAGCUGGACUCUAUGGUGGCACGAGGCGUUAUUGCUCCUGUUGGUGACGUCCCAUCUUAUUGGUGCCAUCCGAUGGUUGUUGUGCCGAAACCUGGUGGAGGUGUCAGGAUCACUACGGACCUGAGUAAGUUGAACGCACAAAUACCCUUGCAUGAGGACGACCAGGCCCUGACUACGUUCAUCACUCCAUAUGGGCGCUUCAAGUACCUCCGAGGUCCCAUGGGUUUCGCAGCCACAGGCGACGCCUUCUGCCUCCGAGGAGACAUCGCGCUACAGGGAGUGCCACAGUGUGUCAAAGUCGUGGAUGACAUUCUCGUGUACGACGAGGAUUACUUCACACAUCUACGCCACGUUAACGACAUCUUGGCCAGAUGCCGAGCCCAUGGCAUCACUUUAAAUGCCAAGAAGUUUGUGCUGGCGGCUCCAUCAGUGUCCUUCUGCGGCUACAGGCUCUCCCAUGACGGCAUCGCAGCAGACCCUGACAAGGUUCGGGCCAUCACUGAGUUUGCUACGCCUGCUACGUUGACCGACCUUAGGUCCUUCAUGGGCCUUGUCAACCAGCUCGCCAGCUUCUCGCCCGACCUCGCUGCCACUGCUGCGCCUCUACGCCCACUUUUGAGCCCCAAGAAGUCGUUUGUGUGGACGCCCGACCAUGAGCAAGCCUUCCAACGUGUGAAGAUGGCCUUGGCCAGCCCACCAGUCCUAGCUGCCUUUGACCCUGCUCUCCCUACGACUCUGCAGACCGAUGCUUCCCGCCUGUAUGGGCUGGGUUAUGCCUACUGCAGGACCACGGUGGUGGACAGCAGCGUCUCGUCCAGUGCGGCUCACGUUUCUUGA